AUUUGAAUGAGUAAGGCAGCCGACAGAAGCCGGCCAGCUUUAACAUUUGGCUGGCAUUUCUACAAGAUUAGUAAUUUAUUGCAGAUAUUGAACUUCUCAGGAUGGAAGUGGUUCUAUGCCAAGGGCACGGCAAGCCAUGUAUGCUGAAGACUGGCCUCAGUGAGGGUCCAAACAAGGGGAAGAGUUUCUACAUCUGUUCUCAGAUGCCCCAAUCAUGUGGUUUCAACAAACGUGCUAGCAUCCCUCCCUCUGGUUGCCUGAAGCAUGCUGGGAAGACCAUAGAGCUCCAGAGGCUUCACAGAGACCAGGAGACAGGCCAGAAGUGGUUAUGUUACAGAUGUCAGGUCACGAAGGAUGCCACCAAGGGAAAGGGUUGGUGUGGACAAGUUCCUCACCAAGGCACUGCUGACAAGAGAGUCACCAAGACUGAUCAUGUCGACUCCAAGAAGCAGUGGCGAUUGGCCCCUCAAGAAACAACAUCAGACAGUGAUUCAUCAGAAGAAAGUGAGGAUUCUGCCCCAUGCCAGUCAAAGCCGCCAUGGAGAAAUCCAUUCUACAAAGAAGCAAAGAAAGAAGGACAGACAGUUGCAUCAUCAGGAAAGAAGUUGGAUGUCUUGGAGAAAAAUUCAGAAAAAGAGAACUUGAUGAAAUAUGUGGAUGACAACAAAAUCUAUGAUAGUAAUGGUGGUAAACAUGCCGACCCUGGCAGGGAUAAGUCCCUUUCCUCUGGGAGGGGGGCUGCUAGAGAUGACCCAGUGUGUGUAGAGAAAGGUGGAUCAAAAUCUGACAGAGAACGAGGAGGGGAAACACUAAAUGCAGAACAAAAAGUACCAAAUGCUGGAGGUACAGAUGUCAGUAAGGUAGAUGAGAAGAAAGGCAAGAAGAGUGAAGGAAAGGAGAGCAGUAAAGGACUUGCCAAACAAGUGUUACCAAAGUCCAAGACAGGUGAGGUGGUGAAGGGCUCAGACAGAUCAAAACAACCUCAAGGCAAAGAGGAUGAAGUUAUUGUACUUUCUGAUGAUGAAAAGGAUCAAGUUAAAAGUACUCAAAGUCAUAGUGCUGAUGUAAAGGUAAAACAGGGUGCAAUGCAAAACCAACCACUCAAAGAAGAUGUUGUCAAGCCAAAACAGACAGUCGCAGAAGGGCCUGUGACCAAUCAGCCAAUCACAGCAGUGCAUAUGAAGCAACAACCAAUCACAGCCUUCCCAGGGUUCCAGCCUGCUAGCCAGCUGAUGUCCAGAGCUGAUGCAGCACUUCGAGCAGAUCUGGUGGAUCAGUUACGCAAGAAGGAAGAGUUGGUGAAGAAGGUCCAGCUGUCUGUACUGCCUGAUGGAGGGAAGAAACUGAAGACACAGAUUGAGGACCUUGAAAAAGCUAUCAGAUCCAUUGAUCUUGGUGUAAGUCAAGGGCAACCUCAAGGAGUCCAUAUCCAUCAGCAGUACCCCAGUAAGCACCAUCCACAGGGGGACAAGAGGGUCCUCCCCACCCAUGCCCAGCCUCUCCCUGCCCACGUCCUGCAGCAGAUGUAUGCCCCCCACCCCCAGGGGCAGACGCUGUACGGGGGUCGGAUGACGGCCUCCAGGCUUCAGCAGGUGGCAGGAGUGACUUCUGAGGCAAUCGAGAGGCUGCACAAGUCUCUGGAGUCCUGUCCACCCCCAGAGGCUGAAAUGGGAACUCCUGCCAGCCUGCGUGUGAGCCUGCUGCCCCAUCAGCGACAGGCUCUGGCCUGGCUCACCUGGAGGGAGGGGCAGCAUCCUUCUGGAGGGAUUCUGGCUGAUGACAUGGGGUUGGGGAAAACAUUGACGAUGAUCUCUCUGAUACUAACUCAGAGGCAGAACAAGGAUACACGAAACAAGACAAAAGUACCAGCUCCAGAGGGUGUAGUGAAGUCGUGCGCCACCCUGGUGGUGUGUCCCGCCUCCCUGAUCCUCCACUGGAAGGCUGAGGUGGAGCGCCACACGGAGGACGGCACCCUGAGAGUGUACCUGUACCACGGACAGAACAGGACAAAGGACCACACAGAGCUUGUUGAGUAUGACCUUGUACUCAGCACCUAUGAGCUUGUGCGGAAGGAGUGUUCCAGCUGGGCUGCUGAAGUUCCUACCCAGGACGGGGAGAAUGGGGAGAACCAGAGUGACAGCGCUAAGCCCCGAGGUCCCAUGCCCGUGCUCCUGCGAGUCAUCUGGGACAGGAUCAUACUGGACGAGGCUCACGCCAUCAAGAACCACAAGUCGCAGACGUCGGUCGCUGCCUGCCAGCUGCGGGCCCACAGCCGCUGGGCCAUGACGGGAACACCCAUACAGAACGACCUGAUGGACAUGUACCCUCUGCUGCGCUUCCUGCGCUGCUCACCCUUCGAUGAGAUGAAGGUUUGGAAAAAAUGGGUGGACAACAAGACAGCCAAUGGGAAGGCCCGGCUGAACACGCUGGUGACCAGCCUGUUGCUCCGCAGAACAAAGGGGCAGGAGGGCAGGGACGGCCGGCCGCUGGUCAGGCUCCCACGAUGCAGCAGGAUAAGUCAUGUGAUCAAGCUGUCUGAGGAUGAGAGGACUGUGUAUGACAAAUUCUAUCAGGACACCAGAAAAACCUUCCAGAAUUACCUCCUCCAGCAUGGAGAGAAGGAGAACCUAAAAGACACGGCUCCCCCCUCGGUUGGUACAGUCCAACCUGUUCCUGCAGGGGACCCGAGGAGCGCAGCAGGACAGCAUUCUGGUGCGCUGCUGAGGCUGAGACAAUGCUGUUGUCAUCUAAGCCUCAUGAAGGAGGCUGUAGACCAGGAAACGUUUGUGAAUGAGGGCAUCGACCUCACUCUGGAGCAACAGCUGAGGGAGAUGAGCCUUCAGGAUAGCAACCAAACAACCACACCUAGCAACAGUGACCUGCCCAGCAAAGAUGCAGAAAAGUCUUCCAUGUUUCAUCAUGACAAACCAAGCACUAAGAUCCAAAAGGUUCUGAGUGUCCUGGAAAGCAACAGGUCAAAGUCAACACCUGACAACCCAGUGAAGAGUGUCAUUGUCUCUCAGUGGACCAAAAUGCUGGAUGUCAUCGGUCGGCACCUAGAGCAGGCUGGGUAUAGGUACGUCGUGAUCAAGGGUGGGGUUCCACCCAGGCAGAGGAUGGAAGCUGUGGAACAGUUCAACAGGAACCCCAAGGGGCCAGAGGUCCUUCUAGUAUCUUUACAAGCAGGCGGAGUCGGGCUAAAUCUGAUCGGCGGCAGCCACCUGUUCCUGCUGGACAUGCACUGGAACCCAGCCCUGGAGGACCAGGCUUCAGACAGGAUCUACAGGGUGGGGCAGAAGAACGAUGUGGUCAUCCACAAGUUUGUGUGUAAGGAUACAGUGGAAGAGAAAAUCAAGGACCUUCAGAACGCCAAGAAAAACCUAGCACAGGGAGUCUUGUCAGGUGGUGACGUUGGAAAGCAGAAGCUGUCCUUGGCUGACCUGCGACAGCUGUUUGGACUGUAAAGCACACGUAGCAGAAUAAAGGACAUAUUAAGAAAAUUCACCAAUUUUUAUCUAUUUAUGAUGCAUUUAUGUAUAGUAAAAAUUAGGAAAAAAAUACCACCAAGGAUAUUGUACGUUGCACAAGAGUUGAUGAAAAAACAUGUCUCACUACUCCAUACAAAGGAAAGUUUAACUUUGUUCUUUUAAAAUCAAAGAUAAAAGUAUUUCCUGUUACUAAAGAACUGAAUGAUAAAAUUGUAGAAUGAAAUUAUGUGGAACAGAUUCAUGUGAACAAAUUGCCCAAAACUCGAUGUUGAUGAAAGGUAAAAUGAGUGAUAAAAAGAAGGUGCUAUUACUACUUCUAAAAUACAGCAUGUUUUUGUAAGCAUCUAUAUUAUAUUAUAUUAUGUGCCAAUUGUUGUGGUAUAGAUGUUGUUAGGCACCAAUUGUCCAUUUUGGGUCCUGUGCAAGAAACAGUUCUUGUGAGCAGCAAAGAAUUAUAUGUAAGUUAGGAUCCUUAGUGAUGGCUCUUCUUUGUACAAGGGAUUGCCUUAGGUUUGAUCUGUGAUUAAAGUAUCUCUUAACGUC